AUGGUUUUAAUUGCGUUAACGGGCCAUCUGCCCCCCAAUUUCGCACCACUGCUACGUGAGGACCACUGCCUUGGUCAGAAGCAGAACAGCGAGCGUUGCGAUUCGCAGGUUGGCGGCUUUCACCGGUCGCUCGAGUCUUCAUUCGACGACGGCUUGCAGUUGAAUCGUAUGCCAGUGUGUCAUGUGCCGCUGGCGUCCAGCCUGGCCUGCUCAACUUGUCGACAGCUGACGAUGAUGUUUCAGAACCACCUGGUCAUGAGCCAUAGCAGAUCAUUCGUUACCGGUUAUCAAGAGACUCAACCGGCGACAGAUGAUCGGCGUACGGUCGGUAGUACGGCUUGGUCGACGCCUGCGUCGUUGUCGUUGUCGUCGUCGUCGUAUCUUUGGUCGGCCAAUCAGAAUACAGUUACCGAAGCACUUGUGGACGAUACCGUGAUGGAAUGCAAGACGCACGGCGGCGAUUCGCAGACGAGUUUUGGCGACAGAACAGCAUUCUGCGAGACAUGUAACAAGCAGUUCUGCAAUAAGUUCUUUCUGAAGAUUCACAAGACGAACCAGUAUCGCGAUGUCCAUGACCAAUUAGCGUACAGUGAGCUGUGUCACCCAAGGCCAAACGCGAGCAGCACUUCGGUUUCUUACGGAAAGUCAAUGGUAUUGCAGGAAGCAGUUGCGGAAAGUAACAAUCGUGGCACGCUGUUCCCACCUCUUCUGCCGCGAUUCCGUACGGGAGUCUGCGAGGCCCAGAAGAACGGCAGCGAUCAUUGCUAUGGCAAUUCAAUGAUAGCAUCGGCAGAGAAGACGCACAGCGCUGUCGACGUUUGUUCUAGAGGCAUGCUCGAGAACCGUCAGGUCAUUUGUUCCGGUUUCACUUCAACAGCGGAGUCUGGCGAUGCUCAUACAGACUGUUUGCAGACAGCGCAGCGACCAAGGUUGGGCGGUGUGUCGUGGUAUGAUCGCGCGCAGAUGUCGUGCCCCACGAUGUCAACGUUGAUCACCCAUCAAUACCCGGAUUACGUCGCUUGCGAAAAAUCAGAGGAGCUUGUCCGUGAGCCAUCCUCAACAGCAGUCACUCCAGAAGAGUCACUCAGCGCUUCCGUCAGCGUCACCAACCCGUCAUUACUGUGCAACUCAACGACGCAGCACGGCUCGUCCGACAGACCUCGAAAUGACGCGAAAAGGUUGUGCGAAAUAUGCAGGAAGUUACUGUGCAACAAAUACUUUCUCCGCAUUCACAUGCUCAGGAUGCACGGGGUGACAGUGGAGAAAAGCGGCCUCGCCUGUGGUUUCGCGGAAGCAUCCCGUGAAACCGACCAACGCUGCCUAAAAUCCGCUUCUUGUCACCAGAGAAUCGAAGAGAAGGCAUCAAACGCGAAUAGCACAUCCAUUGCCAGUGCGUCUGCCAUUAACAGCACCAAGAACUCGUCGACAUUCAAGGAAGUUGCGUGCCUGCGUCGGUACCUGCGAAACCUCAGAGGAAUCAAGCGUGAGGCCAACAGAAACGUCGCUGGUUCAGUUUCGACCAAAAACAACCAAACAGGAACAGGCAUAGGAAUCGACCAACGCUGA